UCUUCGAGGCUACCACAAGUGCUGUCUCCUCCAGGGGGUCUGCAUAUGCUGAGCGGUCCAGACUGCAUCCACCCUCAUGGUCUGGCUGAACCCAAGGAGCGGAAGAUUUGGGGGCCCCCAGAUUUGUGCUCCAAGAAUGGCCAUAAGGAGGAUGGACGGGCCCAGAGCCAGCCUGAGAACCAGGCCUGAAGGCCCCUUAAUGGAAAGAGUUGCAGGCUCCUCUGGCUUCGUGGAGCCCGGGUGGUCGGGCAGCGCCACGCGGCGGAUGGCACUUCAGCGCACAGGCUUCUCAGGUUGUCUCAACUGCAGCAAAGUGUCGGAGCUGACAGAGCGGCUGAAGGUGCUGGAGGCCAAGGUGGCGGUGCUGACUGUCACGGAGCGGGCAGUGCCCCCGACCCCAGCUGCCCCUGAGGACCCCGCCCCGCUCUGGGGUUCCCCAGCCGCCCAGGGCAGCCCCGGGGAUGGAGGCCUCCGAGGGCUGCCGGGAAGCAGAGAAAACCAGAGGCCCCCUCUGCUCCCUCGAGAUGAUCGAGUUGGUGCCCGGGGGCUUCCUGGGCCCGCUGGCCCCAAGGGAGACCCUGGCAGCCGGGGCCCGAUGGGGAUGAGAGGCCCACCAGGUCUGCAGGGCCCCCCAGGGAGCCCUGGCCAGUCGGGAGCUGUGGGCAUCCCCGGAGAGAGGGGACCUCCAGGGCCCCCAGGCCCUCCUGGCCCCCCUGGGCCCCCAGCGCCUGUUGGACCACCCUACACCCGGAUCUCCCAGCAUGGCUUGCCCUUGGGCCACCCCUCCAAUGGGCACCAUUGUCAGGAAGACCAAGGGCCAGAGCGGGGAGAUCACACAGCCAGGGCCCGAGAGGCUGGCUUCAGAUCCUUGCAGCCUCCACAGCCUCUGCUGGGAACCACCGGCGUCAGGCCCUCCCACCAAGCCUCGGAGCUGGCCGGGAUCCAGCCCACAGAGCUCCGGGAAGCUCAAGGCCUGGCAGCAGGACGUCAGCCCUGA